AUGGCGUCGACCCCGCCGGCCUUCUACCCUGCCACUCCUGACAGCGAAAGCGAGUCGCAAGCCCUACGCGACUGGGACCGCCUGCUCGCGCAGCCCGACUCGGAUGUGACGCGCCAUGCCCUCGUUCACGGUAGCGGUAGCGGUAGCCCCCACCUGGCGCCAUGCUCCCCAGCCACGGCACCCAAGCUCGCCGCCGAGCGCGACAAGGAGGGCCACAUCGAGUACAAGCUCAAGCUCAUCGAGCCGUCUCCCGAGCGCUUUGAACGACUCGUAACGCAAAUGAUGUGGAGGCUCAAGCAAGGGCGUAAUGAGGCAAUCUACGAACUGGGCCUCGCAGAUGACGGCACGGUGAUCGGUCUGACGCGCGCCGAAAUGGACGCGUCCUUGCGUACACUCGAGCGUAUGGCCUCCGAGGUCGGGGCGACAGUUAUGGUACUCAAGGAGAUUGUCCUCGCUCCGGCUCUACCCGACUCCCCAAGCUUAUCGCCGUCCAUGUCGUCAGCCGCGUCGGUCAACUCGUGGUGGGCUCGUCGCCCAGACCUGGACAAGAACGGCCGGCCGCGAAAGGGGACGCGGGGCGUGAACGGUGAAGGUCCCGAGACCAAGUCACGCCGCCAGCGGACCCGCGAGGAGGCUGCUCCUCUCAAGGGAGCGAACGGACACACGCGGACAAGCAGCGCAGAGUCUUUCCGGUUGCACGAGGACGACUCUGAGACGGACCCCACACCGUUCCAUCUCGACAUGGACGACUCGGCCCCGGCUACCAACCGCUCCACCCCAUCGCCUACUUCCGACUCGGCCGCGGCCGCCGCAGCCAUCAGCGCCGCGCGCGAGGAGAACAAGCGACGCAAGUCUGCUGCACGUCGCGAGCAACGCCGCCUCGAUCUCUUGCGCGGCGACGGCACGUCGCCAAUGCCCUACGCAGCCGACCGGUCCUCAUCGCCCGUCGCAGAGUUUAUUGGCCACGCACCCCGGGCGUCCACUGCACUCGCUGCGGCGGCUGCUGCUUCGAGGCUACCACACCAGCCCACACGCCCCUCGACGCUCCGUCUCGCUCGCACGCACUCUGGCCCCAUUUCCUCGCCCACCACGGUAUCCUCGCCUGUCGUGCCGCUGCCCGACCUCGCGACUCUGUCCAUCGACCCUACUUCUCCGGACACACCGAUCGGCCCCGACGACGCGUUCCUCGACGGUCUAUCCCUCCCGCUCGACAGUCUCUCGUUAUCGUUUGCAGACGUGAGGGGCGGGAGGGAGACGGAGCCCGUGGACGAGAGCGGCACAUCGACCGUCGCCGCGUCGCCCGAAGACCACAUUGCCACGGGCGCCCCGCCCGCGUAUGCACCCCCGCCCGGCGAGUCGAUGAUCUGCGUCGAGGCGCUGGUGGUGCGCAAGCGCCAGCACGGCGACGAGUGGGGUCUCGGAGGCGAAGAGGACGGGUGGGGCUUUGGAGGCGAGGAUGACGGGUGGGGGUUUGGAGACGGCGGGGAUGAGUGA